AUGUUAAAUUUAUAAACUGUUUUACGAGCAUUCUAGGAAAAUGGAUUGAGACAAGAUAAAUAAUUCACUCAAGAUGAAAUUCUAUAUAAAUUGGACAAUAUGGGAAAAAGAGAGUUCGAUCAAGAUAUCGCCUAACAAAUAUUCGAAUAAUGUCGUCCAAUAUAAGAAAAUUUGAAAUUUGUAUACAGACUAGCAGAUGUUAGUUAAACUUUAGUAGAUGCAAGCCUAAUACUAUAUGAAAAGAUUAAGAAGGCAGAACAAUAAUUAAAACAAAUUUCUUAAAAUAAGGCAGUUUGUGAGAAAUAAUUGGCAGAAACAUGUUUGCUUUCAUCUUAUCAUUAGCUGUUUAUUCGGACACUAGAUUCUUAUUUUUGACAUUAUUGUCUGCAAAAAACAUACCUUUAAAGCUAAAAUACACAAAUUGUCAGAUAUAGUUAAUUUUGGGUGUCACAAAUAAAAUAGCUAAACCAGAAUAAUAGUAUGAUAGAGUAAAUCCACAAUUUAAUUAAGAUUUUGAAUUGUAAUCAAAUAAUUCUUAAACUUAAAUUUAAGCUAAAUUCCUCCAAUGAUAACAACGCUCACGAUACAGUUUUUCAUUUAGACUAACGCGAACCCUCCUUUUUUGUGGGGAUAAUCAUAUUUGCAAAUUUAACAAUUAGAUGAUCAAGCUUUAAAGUGCUUAGAACUGCAAUUGAAGGAUUAAUAAGGAAGAGAACUUGGGGCUAGCAUUGAAGUGGAGGCCUAGAUAGUACUAAAUAAAGUAUUACUCUAAAAGAUUGUUAGCAUCAAUACUUGCAGACUCAACUGCAGAAGUUCGACUAAAAGAUUUUCACUCUUGAAAAUGAUUUGAAUGAGUACAGAACUGAUUUGGAUGUUAUUGAGAGACCAUUUAAGAUUAAAUUAAUUAAGGAGUAGAGUUUCAAAUAGUAACAGAAUGACGUUUUCGAAUAAUUUGAUCAGCAUCAAUAAAUGAAAUAGGGAGAAUAACCAACUCCAAAUUAACUAUAGGCGCUUGAACACAAAGAAUAAAUACUAUCUGUAUUAUAAUCAGAAAAACACUUAGAAUAAUUUGAUGAAACACCAGAUGCUCCUGAGAUUUUGCAACAUGGUGUCAUUAUAUUCUCUUUAUAUGGUUUGAUCACAUUAUUUGUUUGUUCUGCUAAACCCUCUUUCUUAGAUGUACAUAUUAAUAAUCUGUAUUGAAGGUCUUAGUUUACCAUGGUCUCAUGUUCACAAUCUUCAUGGAUAUGUUCGAAACAUUCCAUUUAAAACUUGUUGGAGGAGGCCUAGUUGGCUCUAUCUUUUAUGAUAUUUUAUGGAUGAAGUAAUACAAUGUAUGAUAAAUUUGAUUUCUAGUUUUGGUGGUUUAGUGAUGAUUAAAACAAUCCAGAAUGGGGAUUGAGGGCAUAAACAUUAUUAAGAUUCGUUUUAAUUUUAACUUAUAUUUAAUUCUUGUAUAAAGUAUGUUACUAUAUAUUAUUGUAGUUUGUUGUAUGUUAUUAUAUAUAUUAAUUUCAUAGAGAAUCUAUCGAUUCCACCAAAAGAUACAGUUUUACAAUUUGGGGAAUUUAGUACAAAGUCGGUAGAAAUAGGAAUAGUUCAUACUGGUAAUCAUAAUGA